AUGAAGUUUUAUACAUAUAUAUUUGUUAUAAUCGUUAUAUUUUUACGUGAAAUUGGAACAGACGGUAAUCCUGAAUUAUUUUCGGAAGCCGGUCUAGAAAGUCCGAAUGCAUCGUCGAUAGGAUUGAUAUUUUUUAUAAAAAUUAAUAAUACAUCACAUAAUAGCGAUUACGAUGUACAAAUAACUCCAGAUAUAUGUUGUGUUAAAGAUGUUGGAGGCUUUGAUUGUGAUUAUUUAAAUAUUAUAGGAGGAUGUUCUGAUGUGGUUUUAAAAGGUGGAAGUAAAACUUUAAGGGUUGCUGCGCCUCUAUUAGAUGUUUAUGGAAGAAUUGGUUUCUGUACUGUGUUCAUAGACUCGAAAUCAAAUAGUGGUCCCAAUAAAAGAAACGCUGUGAAGAUAAAUUUCGAUACAACAUUAGGAAAUAAUGAUUUUAAGUUUGUUAGGAAUUUAAAGCAUUGUAAAAAUAGAGAUGAGGAUCCAUUGAACGAUUGCAGACCAGUCAAUUGUGAUACAUAUUACAAUGGAAUUAAGCCCUAUUUUAGCAGGAAGCGUAAAAGAUGUAUAUUAGUACCUUCUUGUGUUUCUGAUGAUGAAUCUGAAUAUCCAACUGUUAUAUAUAAUCCAAUUAACAAUCAAUGUGAAGGAGAAUCAAUAAAUGAAGGAGAUUUAGAGGAAGUCAAGGAAUUGAGUAGGAAUAGAGGGAACAGACACCCUAAAGACGUCUUAAUCAUAAGAAAAUUCGAACCUAAUAAUACAGAAAUUGAAAACACACUUGAUUUAAUAGAUAACAUUAUAAGUAUAACCACUUCAACACCAACGAAACAUAAAUUUGAAUCUGAAAAUAAACACGUGAAAAAUUUUUGCUUAAAAUCCUUUUGGAAAAGAUAUUUCAUGGACAAUAAGUGGACUCUAAUUGUUCUUAGUUCUGUCGUAACAAUACAAUGCUUUCUGAUUUGUACAAUUUUAUAUUGCUUGACUAAAACUUGUAAGUGUAACGAAGAGAAAAAAGUCGUUAGGAAGUUUUUUAACUACCGUCAAGACGUUUCAGUUACGACACCAUUGAUUGGUACAAGUAAUAUUGACAUUGAAACUGAUUAUCAAUAUUUAAGUGAAACUUCCAAUAACGCCGAGCAAAGAAUCAAAUGCUACAAAGCAUGUCAGAAGGAGAAUCAAAAUUUGAAAACAAGUAUGUCUGAUGACAUAUUAUCUAAAUGUUUAAAUAGACGAGAUUGGAAGAAAUUUAAAUCGGAAGCAAUUACUGAAAUAAAUAAAGAUGCUGAAGUUAUCAAGGUAUUAGACAGCCCAAAUGCAAAUGAUGCUGAUUUAUCCAAGACCGAUAGAGUAAAACGAAAUUGCGAAACAAAAGUUGCAUUUGAAGAUGAAAAGGCUUUAGAGAAGGACAAGGCUACAGCUGAGAGUAGAGUUCAUAACAUAGAGAAAUUGGAAUUAGAAGACUCUGACGGCGAACCCAAUAAUAUAUCUUCGGAGAAAGAAAUUAAAUGCCACAGUUAUAAUUGCUUCGAUGUAUCUGAAUUAAGGCAGAUGAAAAAUAACAGUCGAUACAAAGGUGAUUUUUCUAAUCCUGGUGCUCCGUCUAUUUCACCGGAAAAGGGUGCACAAAUUUAUUUCUCCAAUGACUCUAUUGACGAUUUCUUAUCAGAACGAGGUGUUACUUAUCUUGUGGGAGAAAAUAUAUCAAAAUACACCUUUUCCAGUGACUUUAACGAUGUAAAGGAAUCAGCAGCAUCUACGGUUUCAAGUAAAGCAAAGAAGAAUAUAGUUAAAAGUGUAUUAUCUUUACUGCGUAAAAAAUCCAAGCUCGCCUCUUCUUCGGAUCCCGGUCGGAAUGAAGAAAUGGACGUAAAAUUAAUUCACAUGUCGAAGGCAUCCGUAUAUACAUCCAGCAAUGAUUCUGAUUACGUUAGAACAUUAAAGAGAAACAAUUCAAGGACAUCCUUCUAAUUUAUAA